AUGGCGGCGGUGGCCACGGCGAUGGAGGCCUUCGCUGAGCGCGUGAGGCUUAUGGAGAGCGAGGUGACGCGACACCGCGAAAUGUUCGCGGAGAGCGAGAACCUGCGACUGAGGUUGGACGCGGCGGAGCAGCGGCUGGCAAUGAGAAAGCAGCAGCGCGCAGGAGAGCGCGAUUCAGCAGCGGGGCAGAUGGCAGCCGCAGGAGGACAGAUGGUGGACACCAUACUUCUGAACAAGCCGCGCACGUUCACAAGGUUCGCGGCCAUGAUGGGCCGCACCAUCAGAUACAAGUUUCCAGAUCCAGUCAUGACGAACCUGGCGGAGUUCGAGCAGCUGGUCAUGGAAUGCACAGACCACAGCGGCGACGUGAUCUCAGCAGGCAAUGUGGCAGCAGUCUGCCGCAAGGAGAAGGCCGACAAGAGGAAGGCCAGGAAGGUCUCAGCGCUGACGGACGCCUCGAAGGGCCCGCAGUCCACGGCAACGACGGCGAGUGGGCUGCAGGGCAACGGCGUUAGCUCGCAGACCAGCCUGGCCCCUGCCGUGGACGUGGCGCACGUUGCGGCGGUCUUGGCGCAGAUGCAGCUGCGGCAGCAGCGGAGUUCGGCAUCCACGAGCUCGACCGUCCACGUCGCGAACGUCCGCGUGGGCGAGCGCGAACACGCUCCGACGCUUGAGGAGUACUACUGGCAGGUCGGCAUCCUCUACAACGCCAUGCAGUGCGACGGGUCCCAUGUGGGAGUCGGCGAGACGGCGGGGUUCGACUGGGCGCUCUCCGACGCGGGCUCGGGGCUGACCACCUGCCCCAAGGGGCUUGCCAGCGCGACCGCGAUGCCUCCGCCUAAGAACUCGCCCCUGCGCGAGUCGGCGACGGGAGACGAGGUCAAGUCCACUGGCGCGAGGAUCGCGUCGGCAGAGAGCGACGGCGCGCCCCUGCAGAUCGAGUUCCAGGCGACGAACGCGAAGCGCGCGAUCGUGAGCGCGGACGCCUUCACAGAGGGCGGCCGCGUCCCGUGCGGGAAGACCUUCUGGCAAAGGAGGCCCGCCGAGAACGUCACCGAGCUGAUCUACGUCAACCCCGCGCAGCCGACCAACCAGACCGCGAAGCAGAUCACGCGAUGGAGCUCCUGGCUUGAUUAA